CUUCUUUGAACGCCAGGUCCAUGCGCACGAUUCACCAGCAUCAUCCCACGUCUCCAUCAUCAAAUUUCUGGACACCUAGUCAGCCAGCUUUCGAGCUCGCGAGACCUGCCAAGACACACGUCGUUAGCAGGACGUGGUGUUAGGGCUACGCUAUUUUCAUCGCCAAUCGACAGAACCAGCCUUGCCGACGGCUCUAUAUAGGAUCUCACCCUGAAAGCUGUGAUCCUACCGUCGUGGUCGUUAUGUCGCUCAUGGCCUCAUACAACCAAGCUCGGAAUGCGGCAGCGCCUAGUAGCUCGCAGGUGAUCCAGACAUCCUCCGACCAAAAGGUCAUCGGAUCCGGCAACCACGAGGUCAACGACAUGAUCACCGCCGGUCCUAGCACCGAAGACUUUGCUCGACUUGCCCGGGCGGAUGCAGUCGUCGCAAACACAUUGAGGGAGGACGAAGUGUACCCAGAUCUGGUGGAGUGGCUAGGCAACCCCCAGACACAUGCCAGGCUGUAUGCUGCUCCACCAUGGGCGCCUGUCACAAACAGGAGAGUGUUGCCUAUUCCUGACGAAGUCAUCGAGGCUAUCAGCUCUCCACAAUCCCGAGCUGCCCAGGGGUUAUUUCCCUCAAUCUCGAGAGCUUGGAUCAUCAUCGACACUCGCCUGUACUUGUGGAGCUACAGUGAUGGCGGUAGCGGCGCAUUCGAAUCCUUUGAGCAUCCAGACAGCGUGAUCCAAUCUGUUGGUCUCGCUCGGCCGAAGCCAGGCGUCUUCAUCGAUUCCAUCUCGCACCUUCUUGUCGUUGCGUCGACUUCCUCUAUCAUGCUACUUGGCAUCUCCUUCGAGCCUAGCACGGCUUCGGCAACCGGAGAGAACGGUGCCAGUGGCUCCAGUCACGCUCCUGAAAGUCUCAAGCUCUACAUGACCGCAAUACAGGCCAAUACGGAGGGCGUAACGCUGGCAAACAUCCGGGGUACCGAUGACGGCCGCAUCUUCGCAGCAGGCUCAGACAACAACCUUUAUGAAAUCUCGUACACCUCCGCUGAGGGCUGGUGGUCCUCAAGAUGCUGGACCACCAACCUGACUCAAAAGCGUUUUGCGAAUCUACUUCCAACCAUCUUUGGUAGCCCUGCACAGCAGGGGAUCUCUGCCGUAGAAGUGGAUAGCAGCAGGGGCUUGAUGUGGGUAUUGUGGGCCAAACGGGAAAUCGAACUCUGGUCCAUCUCGCCAGGCGUGACGCCCCGAUCCAUUGCUCGCUCUACCGAGAUAGCCAAGUCCAUCAGCACUUUCCUUCCGAACGCUUCCCUCUGGGGUCCACCAGGAGACUUCUACAUCGAGUGGAUUGGCGCAUUGCCAGCUAGGGAAAGCAAGACUGCCCAUCUCGUCGCUAUCACCAACAGAGGUGUCAGACUUUUUUUCAGCGCUUUCCAUUCUUUCGGAUCCAGGCCCGAAACGGUGCGCUUAAUGUUCUGCAGACUGCCUCCUCAAGCUGGACAGCUGUCUGAGCCCGUUAGUCAGCAACGCGCCGGAGAGCAUGCAAGAAGCGCCCCUCAGGGCUUUCAGGCGUACCACGGUCACCAUGCGUAUGGCUUGACCCUCAUGUCUGGCAAGAAUCCUGAAGAUCCCACUGGCGCUACCGAUCUGCUGUUGGGCGUGACGAGGCCUGCUGCAUGGAAAACGUUUAGCGCACCGGUUGCACCAGCCACAUACUCCCAAGCUGGUCCUCACAACGCAUCGCAGAAUGACACAGAUUCCGCGACGUUUGUGCUCAUACGGGGUGCCACGUGGGAUAUUCAGGAGGUUGUGAAUGCUUCUGCUGCUACGGCGAUUCCAGCGGCCAAUGUGGUGUCGCCUUUGGUGGCGCAAUUCGUCUCGCCGCCGCGCAUCGUCCUGGUGCUCACUAAUUCCGGCAUCAACGUCAUCACGGAGGUGCGCCCUAUGGACACCUUGUGCAGCAUUCUGGAGGGCUCAACGGGAGUCGAUGCAUCGUUGCUGCACUUCAUUGAACUCUGGGGCGCCAAUCAGACCUGCGCCAUGGCGCUAGCUGUUGCAACCCGCAACUCUCAACUGCUACUUGCGCCGGAGACCUUGCUUGCAGGAUCCAAAGGAGGUGUGCACCAGGCUGAGACGCGCAUGCUAGGUGCGGAAGUUGUGUCGUCCGCCUGGCGGACCUAUUUCGACUUUGGAGGAUCUCCCCGAUACGAGCCGCCGCCUCGACCGAGCAUGUCGCCCUCAGAUGGUCACACGUUCCACAGUGCCAAGUACUACGGCUUGACUAUUUACCUGGCACGACUUGUUCGUUCGUUCUGGACGAAGAAUGUGACUCAGAGGUUGGUUGUACCGGGCGAAGGAGAGCGCCAGCAAGCAGCUAUUGGCAGUGCCACGCUCUCGGCAGCACAAAAGGAUUUACGAUCCCUGCAGACUUUCUUGACUCAGAAUGCCCAGCUCUUCGGAAUCGGAUCCAGUGCGCGAGGCAAAGCUGGAGCAGGCGCCAACGAUGUCAACCAGAUCGCUUUUCAACAGGAGCAAGAAGCGUUCGAUGCGCUUCGACAACUGCUUGCGCGGACCAUUGAGGCGAUGUCCUUCGUCUUGUUGCUGAUCGACUAUCGUCUGCCAUCGAUCGUAUCGCGGUGCAAGCCAGAAUCGCAAACGAAGCUGUCGCAACUGACGUUCUCCGGUCUUGUCACCACAUCAAAUGGGAGCGAAGUGGCUAGGAACCUUGUCGAAGCGGUCAUCGAUUCUCAAAUGGCUGCUCAAGUCAGCAUCGACGCAGUGGCGGAAGUGUUGCAAGAGCGAUGCGGAGGCUUUUGCAAUGCCGAUGACGUACGACUCUAUAAAGCGCUGGAAAGCCUGAGAAAGGCGCGAGAAGCGCAGAACGAUGGUCAAAAGCAAGAUUUGCUUCGCGAAAGCGCACGAUUGCUCAACCGCGCUUCCGCGCAUUUGCCUUUCGAGAAGCUGGAGACUAUAUGCAAGGACUACCGCGAACUUGGCUUCGACAGCGGCGCAAUCGAACUCCCUCUCAGGUGCGCCGCACAGUGGGACAUCAACGGAGCGGCUUUGUCCUAUCGCAACGAUGGCAUGCCGGCUGGCGAUGUCUCCCGUCAGCAAAUGUUCGAGGGGAGCAUGAAGUGCUACACCCUCGUCAUUGCCGCGCUCGAGGCUCUAGAUGCUCAAGUAGCGCAAGUACACCAAAGUACAGAUCCUGCAGUUCAAUCCACAUUGAAAUCGUUGGAAAUCCGACGAAAAGACGCGUACCUGCAAGCCGAAGGUGCCUCCAACGCCCUGUUCCACGACGCCCUGUACGACUGGCUACUUUCGCGCGGAAAGACAGACGAGCUGCUCCGCAUGCGAACGCCAUACAUCGAGGAAUAUUUGCGUUCGGAGCCCGUCACUUUGCAGAGGUGUCUCUUAUUGUGCGACUGGUACACGAACGUUGGGCAAAACUACGCUGCGGCCCAGGUGUACGCCGGUCUAGCGUCAUCCACAGAGCUCGAUCUGCGACUUGAAGACCGGGUAGAAUACCUCGCCAAAGCUUCCAGCCACGCAAAGUCCUCUCAUGUGCACGGCAACGAUGUCGUGGAAUUCAUCACGAAUGUCGACGACUCGCUCGAGACUGCGCGCGUGCAGGUCGAGGUCUACUCUUUCACUCGAGACGCUCCAGACGACUUUAUCGAGCCUUCAACCAAGCAAGAAAUAUUGCAAAUUCUGGACGCUGAGCUCUUGACUAUGUCAACACUGUACAAGUCGUUCGCCCAGCCAUAUUCUAUGCACGAAGUGAAACUCAUGAUCUACGAGAUUUCAGAGCACGACGACCCCGCUCUAGUUGAGCAAGAAUGGAAUGAGCUCAUUCUCGAAGCUGAGGAGAGUGCUGCGCCUGAGCAACGUUUUGAAAGAGUUGGUGUGCUCAUAGUUGAUCUAGGAAAACGCUUCAUCGGCUCUAGCAUCGCCUUUCCGAUCGACAACCUGCUGGCUAGGCUUUUGCGGUACGCCUUCGAGAACAGAGAGGCGCAAGAAAUACCUCUCGGCUGGGCUUCCUCGACGCUCAUUUUGGCAGGCGCUGCUCAAGAAGAGGUGUACGAUGUCGAAGAUAGCCUCUUCGAGAUGAAGCGAGAGCCUUUCAACUCGGAUGCUGGGGUGCAUUUCCUGCUCGCAGAAAUUGGCGCUUUGUUGACGAAUUGGCUGGACGACCUGUCUUCCGGCUAUGCCCGAAGUGGUUUCCCCGCCAAGAGAGUGGACGACUCUAUUGGCGUUUACAUCUCUGCGUUGAGCGGGCAGCAAGCUGCUUUGCCGGCUCGAUCGGCAUCUCACCUGCCUGAGAUUCAGGAGACCGUCAACGGAUUCAAGGCCCUACAUGAAAGAGUCCGAAGGACUUUCUGAGCGAGGGAUGAAUACCAUAUGGCUUGAAGGUGUCGAUGUUUGCUCGUGUGCUGAUUCGCCUGGCGCGCGCAAGUCCUACUCUUCGGGAGGUGGAACCAGCCACAUUGUGAGAUCAUGGCUGGCAGUGGCGAGCA